GUUACUUUCAAGGUUCAAACUGGACGCCUCUUCUAACAUCAAUUCCACUCGUUGAUAAAAUUGGAUUAUAUAGAAUCUUAAAUUAAGAAAAAGGAAAGGUAUCGUCCAACCGUAUAUAUUCAACUGCCUCUGUAGGCGGCAAGCUUAGGAGCAUUUGUGGGAUGGGAGCUUAGCCAGCAGUCUUCUUUUCCACAAAAUCUUUCUGCCUCUUUUCAAAAGGUAAGCAAGGGUAGCAGUCAAGAACAGAAUGCCGAAGAACAAGGGUAAGGGAGGUAAGAACAGGAAGAGGGGAAAGAACGAGGCUGAUGAUGAAAAAAGAGAGUUGGUCUUCAAGGAAGAUGGUCAAGAGUAUGCCCAAGUUCUUCGAAUGCUUGGCAAUGGUCGCUGUGAGGCCCUCUGCAUUGAUGGGACCAAACGGCUCUGCCAUAUCCGUGGCAAGAUGCAUAAGAAAGUCUGGAUUGCAGCUGGUGACAUUGUCCUGGUUGGUCUCAGAGAUUACCAGGACGACAAGGCUGAUGUUAUACUGAAGUAUAUGCCUGAUGAAGCUAGGCUUCUCAAGGCCUAUGGUGAGUUGCCAGAUAAUGUUAGGCUUAAUGAAGGUAUUGCCGGUAUGGAUGAAGACGAAGAAGGUGGUGGUGAUGAUUAUAUCGAAUUUGAAGAUGAAGAUAUUGAUAAAAUCUAAUCCAUGUUUCCCAUUAUUGUAACACAGCAUAGAUGUGUCCUUUAUAUAUGAAUUUUCAUCGUGUAUUGAUGAUAUUGAAUUUUAAGAUGAAGAUAUCGAUAUCGAUAAAAUCUAAUCCAUGUUUGCUAUUAUUGUAACACAGCAUAGAUGUGUCCUUUAUAUAUGAAUUUUCAUCGUGUAUUGAGAUUUUAUCAGAAAGUACAGAGUUUACUCUGAUAUUUAAGAUAAUUGAGUAUUAUAUUUUGUUUGCUGGUC